AUGGCUGACUUCGACGCGCUCAAGGAUCAGUGGAGCGAAAUUGAGGAUAGAGAUGGCAUCCGCCUCAGUUGGAACACGUUUCCCAGUUCGCGCAUGGAAGCUUCCCGUCUUGUCGUUCCCAUCGGCGCGCUUUACACACCUCUGAAGGAGAAGACGGACACUCCUCUGCUUCAAUACCAGCCUGUCGGAUGCCGGGCACCAUGCAAGGCUGUCCUCAACCCCUUCUGCCAGAUUGACAUGCGCGCGCGUGUGUGGAUAUGUCCCUUCUGCCUCAGCCGUAAUGGUCUCCCACCGCACUACAAGGACAUCUCUGCGGAGCAAGUCCCCCCAGAGCUUCACGCCAAUAGUACCAGCAUUGAGUACUGCUUCCCCGCGCCCGUUCAAACGCCUCCCAUCUUCAUCUUCGUCGUGGACACAUGUCAGGAAGAGGACAGUCUGAAGGCACUCAAGGACUCGAUUAUCAUGAGUUUGAGCCUGCUUCCACCAUAUGCUUUGGUUGGCCUGAUUACAUACGGUACCAUGACCCAAGUUCACGAGCUAGGCUACACCGAAUGCGCCAAGUCCUAUGUCUUCCGCGGCAGCAAAGACUAUGCCUCCAAGCAGGUCCAUGAGAUGCUUGGGCUCAGCUCCAUGGCCGGUCGACCGGGCGUUCCGCAACAGCAGCCUGGCCGUCCCCCUAUGGCACCCCCAGGUGGAGCCAACACACGCUUCAUCCUCCCGAUAUCGCAGUGCGAAUUCCAAUUGACCAACGCCCUCGAGUCCCUCCAGCGCGACCUCUGGCCCGUCGCCAAACGACAGCGUCCGUUGAGAUGUACCGGUGUAGCUCUCAGUGUAGCUGCUGGACUCUUGGAGACACAGUUCAUAAACACUGGUGCUCGCAUCAUGCUCUUCAGCGGUGGCCCAGCAACCGAGGGCCCUGGUAUGGUCGUCGGUCCCGAACUGCGCGAGCCUAUGCGAUCCCACCACGAUAUCGACCGCGACAACAUCAAAUACUACAAGAAGGCGUUGAAGUUUUACGAGGGUCUUGCGAAGCGCGUUUCCCAAAAUGGCCAUAUUGUCGACAUCUUUGCCGGAUGUCUAGACCAGGUUGGUCUGCUCGAAAUGCGGGGACUUGCGAACACGACUGGUGGACAUAUGAUCUUGACGGAUAGUUUCACCUCGUCCAUGUACAAGCAGUCCUUUGCGCGAGUAUUCAACAAGGAUGCAGACGACAACCUUCUAAUGGGCUUUAAUGCCGAACUGGAGGUCUUGACAACCAAGGAGCUCAAGAUCACCGGCCUUAUCGGUCAUGCCGUCUCGCUGAACAAGAAGUCCGUGUCAGUCGGCGAAACCGAGUGUGGUAUUGGAAACACAUGCGCGUGGAAGAUGUGCGGUAUUGAUCCCGAGGCUUCAUAUGGUGUCUACUUCGAGAUCGCUGGUCAAGGAGGGCCGAAUCAAAUGCAGUCGGGACAGCAACAGGCGCUGAUUCAAUUCCUCACACGCUACCAGCACUCAGCCGGCCAAUAUCGCCUGAGAGUUACCACCGUCGCCCGGCCUAUGAGCGGUCCCUCCGGCGAUCCCGCCAUCGCGCAGUCAUUCGACCAAGAAGCUGCCGCCGUACUAAUGUCGAGAAUAGCCGUCUUCAAGGCGGAGGUUGAUGACGGUCCAGAUGUUUUGCGCUGGGUCGACCGUAUGCUUAUCAGACUGUGUGCCCGCUUUGCCGAGUACAGGAAAGACGAUCCAUCGUCAUUCAGGCUCGAGAAGAACUUUACGCUCUACCCGCAAUUCAUGUUCCAUCUUCGUCGGUCACAAUUCCUACAGGUCUUCAACAACUCGCCCGAUGAGACGGCCUUUUACCGACACGUAAUGAACCACGAGGACGUCAGCAACUCUCUUAUCAUGAUCCAACCAACACUGGAUAGCUAUGGUUUCGACCACGAAGGCGGACAACCUGUACUCCUCGAUUCCAGCUCGAUCCAGUCCGAGACGGUCCUGUUGCUCGACACCUUCUUCCACAUCCUCAUCUUCCACGGCGAGACUAUGGCCGAGUGGCGCAAGGCAGGCUACCAAGAACAAGAGGGUUACGAGAACUUCAGGGAGCUCUUGGAGGCACCGAAAGAGGAUGCCAAGGAGUUGAUUCAAGACCGCUUCCCACUGCCUCGAUUCAUCGUCUGUGACGCUGGUGGCUCGCAGGCCCGUUUCUUGCUCAGCAAGCUUAAUCCGUCCACUACACACACUUCUGGCACCUACGGAGGCGUUGCGCAGACUGCGCAAACAAUCUUCACGGACGAUGUUAGUCUGCAAACUUUUAUGGAUCACCUCAUGAAGCUUGCAGUGUCGGGCACCAGUUAAGAAGACAAGGACUUUUUUUAGAAUGGGUCAGCAAGCGCAAGAAAGGCAGUGCAGUGUACUUGUGGCAU